UGUUUCAUUCUAAGUCAUUCCUAUCUAUUCUCCAUGAUUUUUUCAUUGUGAAAACUGGUGAAAAUUCGUCUGCAGCUGCUAAAUUUCGUGUUUAUAAAAAGUAAAAUUUAUCGGUGUAAAACACAGAAAAUACUGUUAAAAGUAUUUGAAAUAUCUUCAUUUUACAAAGGACAAUGUCCAAGGAGGAAGUAAAAGCUGAUGUGAUGGAAGCUAACGACAAUUCGAAUGAAACCACUUCGGAGGCCACUACAUCUUCUGCCGAGAAAGAGGUCGACUUUGACAACAAGAUCGAAAAUGAUAGAGGAAAACGAUUUGAUUUCUUGCUGAAACAGACGGAAAUUUUUACCCAUUUCAUGACCAAUAGUAAUAAAAGUCCAACCAAACCUAAAGGUCGGCCUAAAAAGAAUAAAGAUAAAGAAAAGGAAAAGGAUGGAAAUGCAGAUCAUCGUCACCGUAAGACGGAACAGGAAGAAGAUGAAGAGUUGUUGGCUGAAGAUACGCAGUCGAAAGAAUUAUUUCGUUUUGAAAGCUCACCAAGUUACAUUAAAAAUGGUGAAUUGCGUGAUUAUCAGGUGCGUGGCUUAAACUGGAUGAUAUCUCUAUAUGAAAACGGUAUAAAUGGUAUUUUGGCCGACGAGAUGGGUUUGGGCAAGACUUUACAAACAAUUUCACUACUUGGUUAUCUUAAGCACUUCAAAAACCAAGCUGGCCCACAUAUUGUGGUUGUGCCCAAAUCGACUUUACAAAAUUGGGUGAACGAAUUCAAAAAGUGGUGUCCGUCAUUGCGUGCUGUAUGCCUGAUUGGUGAUCAAGAUGCACGUAAUACAUUCAUACGUGAUGUACUUUUGCCAGGAGAAUGGGAUGUUUGUGUCACUUCUUACGAAAUGUGUAUACGUGAAAAGUCUGUUUUUAAGAAAUUCAAUUGGCGCUAUAUGGUUAUUGACGAAGCACAUCGUAUUAAAAAUGAAAAAUCAAAACUUUCAGAAAUUUUACGUGAAUUCAAAACAGCUAAUCGUUUGUUAAUUACCGGCACACCGUUGCAGAAUAAUUUGCAUGAAUUGUGGGCAUUGCUAAAUUUCCUGCUACCAGAUGUAUUUAACUCUUCUGAAGAUUUUGAUGAAUGGUUCAAUACGAAUACUUGUCUCGGUGAUGAUGCGUUAAUAACGCGUUUGCAUGCUGUAUUGAAACCAUUCUUGUUGCGCCGUCUAAAAGCUGAGGUAGAGAAACGUCUCAAACCGAAAAAGGAAAUUAAAAUAUUUGUCGGCCUCUCCAAGAUGCAACGUGAAUGGUAUACAAAAGUACUAAUGAAAGAUAUUGACGUUGUAAAUGGCGCCGGUAAAUUGGAAAAGAUGCGUUUACAAAAUAUUUUAAUGCAAUUGCGUAAAUGCACCAAUCACCCGUAUUUGUUUGAUGGCGCCGAACCAGGUCCACCAUAUACCACUGACACACAUUUAGUGUAUAAUUCUGGCAAAAUGGUUAUAUUAGACAAAUUGCUGCCUAAAUUGCAGGCGCAAGGUUCACGUGUACUUAUAUUUUCACAAAUGACGCGCAUGUUGGAUAUACUGGAAGAUUAUUGUCUGUGGCGCAACUAUCAGUAUUGUCGUUUGGAUGGUCAAACACCGCACGAGGAUCGUAAUCGUCAAAUACAAGAAUACAACAUGGAUAAUAGCUCCAAAUUUAUUUUCAUGCUUUCCACACGCGCCGGUGGUUUAGGUAUUAAUUUAGCUACAGCUGAUGUGGUAAUCAUUUAUGACUCUGAUUGGAAUCCCCAAAUGGAUUUGCAGGCCAUGGAUCGUGCACAUCGUAUCGGUCAGAAGAAACAAGUGCGCGUUUUCCGUUUUAUCACCGAAAAUACUGUGGAGGAAAAGAUUGUGGAGCGGGCGGAAGUAAAAUUGCGUUUGGAUAAAUUGGUUAUACAACAAGGCCGCUUGGUGGAUAAUCGUUCUGCACACUUGAACAAAGACGAAAUGUUGAACAUCAUUCGUUUCGGUGCCAAUCAUGUUUUCGCUUCUAAAGACUCUGAGCUAACCGAUGAAGAUAUUGAUACCAUCUUGGAACGUGGCGAGGCGAAGACUGCCGAAGAAAAGGCCAAAUUGGAUGAGCUAGGUGAAAGUUCUCUGCGCACAUUUACUGUUGACACCGGUGGCGGUGAAGGUGGUUCCACAUCUGUAUACCAGUUUGAAGGUGAAGAUUAUCGUGAAAAACAGAAAUUAAAUGCUCUAGGUAACUGGAUUGAACCACCGAAACGAGAACGCAAAGCUAAUUAUGCCGUCGAUGCAUAUUUCCGUGAGGCUUUGCGUGUUUCCGAACCAAAGGCGCCCAAAGCGCCACGUCCGCCGAAACAGCCAAUAGUGCAAGACUUUCAAUUCUUUCCGCCUCGUCUCUUUGAGUUGCUCGAUCAGGAGAUUUACUAUUUCCGUAAGACAGUAGGUUAUAAAGUGCCGAAAAAUCCCGAAUUAGGUUCGGAGGCAACCAAAAUGCAACGAGAAGAACAACGUAAAAUCGACGAAGCUGAGCCGCUCUCAGAAGAAGAGAUUGCCGAGAAGGAAUCACUGCUAACGCAAGGUUUCACCACUUGGACCAAACGUGAUUUCAAUCAGUUUAUCAAAGCAAAUGAAAAAUAUGGUCGCGAUGACAUUGAAAACAUUGCUAAAGAUGUCGAGGGCAAAACACCGGAGGAGGUAAUUGAAUACAAUGCGGUGUUUUGGGAGCGUUGUCACGAACUGCAAGACAUCGAGAGAAUUAUGGGCCAAAUUGAGCGUGGCGAGGCGAAGAUACAACGAAGAUUAUCAAUUAAAAAGGCACUUGAUCAAAAGAUGUCGCGUUAUCGUGCACCAUUCCACCAACUACGCUUGCAAUAUGGCAACAAUAAGGGCAAGAAUUAUGUUGAGCGCGAAGAUCGCUUCCUGGUUUGCAUGCUACACAAGUUGGGCUUUGACAAAGAAAAUGUCUACGAGGAAUUACGUGAUGCCAUACGUUCAUCACCCGAAUUCCGUUUCGAUUGGUUUAUUAAGUCGCGUACAGCGUUAGAGUUACAGCGUCGUUGCAACACACUUAUCACACUCAUUGAGCGUGAAAAUAUUGAACUUGAAGAAAAAGAGCGUCAAGAGAAAAAGAAGAAAGCCGCCAAAAACUCGACUGGUGCUAGUACAACCAGUGCACCACCGGCAAAGGCGAAUCAAAAACGCAAAUCUGAGUCGUUACCGGUAGAGAAGAAUGCUAAGAAGAAGAAAAAGUAAAUCUCGAGUAUCAACAUGACGUAAAUCAAUACCUUAUGCAUUAGUCGUUAACAUUUCAUCGCUCUAUGCGCAUACAUACAUAUAAGAGCAAUAUUAAUAUUGUAUUUUACCAUUAUUAUUGCGUAUUCUAUUGCGCGUACUUUUUAAUGCUUAAUACAAAAAAAAAAUGCGUAAAAAUUGCGAAAACGAUAAUAGUAUACUACACAGCAGCAGCAGCAAACUACUAGUUAUCGUAUAUAUACUCAAAUAUACUAAUUAAAAUCCAUUAUUUUAAGUAAAAUUACAUUUUUAUGCUACAUAAAUAUUAUAAAAUUAAUAUACUUAUUUUAUAUAUUUAUUUUUUUAUGCUGCAGAAAAAUAUCAUCGAUUCCAUCACUAUAGAUUUAAAAUUGCUAAAAAAAAGUAGCUUCAUUUUAACUUGACUUGUUCACACCUACAUACUUUUAUUUAAUUUUCCUUAAGCGUACACACAAUAUCUUAAAUAUAUAAAACUAUACAGAUUGUCCAGCA